GCGACGCCUCCUUGGUGGCGUAGGCUUGCAAUUGCCCGCUUUCGCCCUACACGUUUGUGGCUUCCACAGAUUAGCAACCAAUACAUUUAGAUCGCAGUCGCCUAGCUUUGCCAAGACGGUUAGAGGUCAUUUGGAAAGUCUUUUGCCUCGAAUUGUUCUCAUUCCGAAGGCCAGCUCAUUCCUCCUGUGGGUGGUGCUUCGGAGAUUCGCGCCCUCCUCUGGUCCCGGUUCAGGUGCACAAGAAGAGCUAGGGGAGGACGCAGGUGCUCAAGAGAGGUGGGGCGGUGCAGGCACCUCGGUGGUGAACCCAAAGAUCAAACCUGCAGACCCGGCGCAAAGUAGAAACUGAAAGUACACUGCCGGCUGAUCCUACGGAAGUUAUGGGAAAGGCAAAGCGCAGAGCCGGGCCGUGGUGUGUGCCGCCCCCCUUGGGAUGGAUGAAGCAGCAGGCGCGGCGUGGGUGAGAGGAACCAGCGGCAGAGGCCGCCCUACCCGGCACGGACUCCCGGCAACUCCGCGGAAGACCAGGGCUCUGGCAGCGACUAUGGGCGGUGAGAGCCUGCUCCUGCUGCAGUUGCGGUCAUCAUGACCACGCCCGCCUCCCGCAGACCAUGUUCCAUGUUUCUUUUAGGUAUAUCUUUGGAAUUCCUCCCCUGAUCCUUGUUCUGUUGCCAGUAGCAUCAUCCGAUUGUGAUAUUGAAGGUAAAGACGGCAGAGAGUAUCAGCACGUUCUAAUGAUCAGCAUCAAUGACUUGGACACUAUGAUAAAGAAUCGUACCAAUUGCCCGAAUAAUGAACCUAAAGUUUUAAAAAAACAUGCAUGUGAUGAUAAUAAGGAAGGUAUGUUUUUAUAUCGUGCUGCUCGCAAGUUGAAGCAGUUUGUUAAAAUGAAUAACAGUGAUGAUUUUAAUCUCCACUUAUCAAGAGUUUCACAGGGCACAUUACAAUUGUUGAACUGUACCCCCAAGGAAGACAAUAAAUCUGUAAAGGAACAGAGAAAACAAAAGAGCUUGUGCUCCCUAGGGAUACUACUACAAAAGAUAAAAACUUGUUGGAAUAAAAUUUUGAGGGGCCCCAAAGAACAUUGAAAAAUAUGGAGUGGCAAUAUAAAGACACAUGAGCUUCAGUUGUAUCCUUCAAGAAUCUAUCUUCUCGUACAAUUCUUGGGGCGGGGGGCGGAACACCCUAGAAGUUACAGAAUGCAUCCUGGUGAAAGCGGAUUAGAGCAAUUUCUCAACUGCUACUAGAAGAUGGAUAUAAACAGUGGAAACCAAAGGCUGCAAUCGACAAACCUUCAUAUGUUUUUCGACAUAUAUCAAUCAGUAUUAAUUCUGUGAUUUUUGUAAGACAAUCCAAGUAAGGUGUUAGUUGCAAUAAUACUUUUUAAACCUGUUUUAAAAUUUCAGAAGACAUAUAAGAUCUGUGAAGUAUAUAAGCAGGAAUUAAAAAUUAACAUUGCUUUUAUUAUCAAAAUAAUUGUAUGCACCAGCAUACUACGAUGAGAGUGGAAAUUGUCUUCUGUGCUGGAAAUGUUUCCGAGUUAACAGAUGUGGAUAAUGCCAAUGAGAGUAAGAGUUAGAUACCUUAAAGAAACAGUGGUAUGAAGGAGUCCAAGAUCCUUAAGAGAGAUGAAGACAUGUAGUUAAACUUGAAUGCAUAAGACAGUGCCUCCAUUAAUGGCAUAGCAAAUGUUUUAAGAUGACCACAAAGAAUGAUUUCACAAAAUAGCAAGUCACCUGUUCUAAGGAUGCUAAACCAUAAUACUGAGUUACUUUUGUCAUUUAUGUGUAAUAAAAUUUGUCUAAAUGAGUUUGCAAUUUGGGAAGUAUAUUUUUAACAGAAUAAUAUAUGUUGUCCUUUUAAUUAAUGGAAUGUGUAUUUAAUUUUGACACUGUAUCUGUAUUAUAUAAAAAUAUUUUCAUACAGUAUUACAAACAAAUUGCUGACUUUGGAUAACAUUUCUCUUUUGAUAAUAAAUGACCUAUGUAGUAACACUGUCAGAUUCACUUCAUGAAUUUUUAAGAAUUUUUAAGACAAGAUUUUUAAUACUGCACUACUAUUUGAUCUCUCACUGUCAUCGAAUAUGUGACUUUUAAAACCUUAUUAAUACUCAGAAUGUAAAUGAGACCAAAACUAUAUAAGAACAGGAACAUUACUUUCUAUGUUAAAUUUUAACCUUUUAAAAGAGACUUUUGUAUAUACCAGAUCCAGUUUAGAAAGGUCUGUCAACAGUCUUCACUUACUUACAAAGGGAAAUGAAAACCCUAGUCGAGAGCCAGAGUCUUCCCGCAGCCACUCAACUCACAUCCUUCCUGCUCUUGUACACCUUCAUCAGCACCUGACCGGCUUGAUUUGAGCUUCGGGUGAUGCACUGUGUGGUGGGGAAGGCCUUCCUCUCAGUCCAUGUUUAUGUCUCUCUCUCCCUAACCCUUAUGCCCUUCACCCUCACUAGUGCAGAUUCCUGUGUAGAACUGUACAGAAAGUUGUACAGAGUUCACGGAUUGCUCCACUCACAGGGCUUUGAAUCAAGUAUGUUUUCUGUUUGGUUUUCAUUAUUGACUCCAGAAAAGGGAGCUGACGAGUACUUUUAGGAGCAAACGAUUCUUCACCACGCUCUUUCUUUAGAGGGACUUUUCCAAGUAAGCUGUGCUUCCUUCUACCAUAAAACGUGGUCAGCUCUGUGAUACACCUCCACCCUGAUGAACGGGCGCUGCUGGUAAACCAUUAGCUAUAGAAAUGAGGGAACUUUACGUUUCUAAACGUAAACUCUUAAAACUGUCCUUGAAAGUGUUUCCAUAAAGGCUGUCUAAAACAUCCCUAACAAGUAUUGAAAUAAUUCCAAGAUUGUGGUAAAAUAAGGAACAAUAUCUUUAAAUGCUUGCUAAAAGUUAUUAAAAUUUUCUUCCUUGAUUUUCAUUUGUUUAUGGUACAUCUGAAUUUCAGAGAAAAUUCACACUCAAAACAGUAUUCAGCAUACACUGUUGUGUCAAAUGCUUGGGGAAAAAGCCACACAUUUAUGGUUAUAUUUGCCUUCUUUGUUUCCUACCCACUAGCAAGGUAAGUAGAGACAGGCAGGCUAAUUAAUAAUGAACUUGGACAUUAUACUUUUAUUAUUUAUACUCCCCAAUUAAAGAGUUGGUUUUUUUUUUAAGAUUUUUUAUUUAUUUAUUUGACAGAGAGAGACAUAGCGAGAGAGGGAACACAAGCAGGGGGAGUGGGAGAGGGAGAAGCAGGCUUCCCGCAGAGCAGGGAGCCCAAUGCGGGGCUCGAUUCCAGGACCCUGGGACCAUGACCUGAGCCGAAGGCAGACGUUUAACGACUGAGCCACCAAGGCACCCCAAAGGCUUGUUUUAUUUCAAUGAAUGUUUUCUUUCAAAUAUGUAUGUGGAUGCUUUAAAUCAGCAUUUUCUAAAGUUUGUCCCAAGAAACCCUAAUCCUCAUCAAUGCUACAAAAAAAGAAGACAAUGACAACAAAGAAGAUGAAGAAGAAAGAGGAGGAGGAAGAAAUGAAAAAAGGACAAAGAAAAAGAGGGAAGAUUCUGUAUUCUGAGGUCAGAUAAAUUUUCUCUUGGAGAGUCACAAUUUAUAUAAGCAUAUUAUAAAAGGCUGUGUAAACUCAAUACCGCUUAAAAAAAAAAAGUUUAACACUAACAUAACAUUUCCAAAACUUGACUAGAGAAUGCUAGUUUUAUGUAAAAACCAUUACCUAAAUGUACUUCGGGGAAUAUUGCAUUAUACAAAGGGACUCAGUUAAAAGUCUUUUAAAAUAGGCUUUCAAGGAAUCUCUUGAAGGAAAUAACUCCUUUCAGGAUUAAGAUAGUUCUAUUAAAACUAGAAAAGUUUCUUUGCCUUAGGCCAUAUUUUCAUUGACAGUUUACAAAGGACAUUUCAUCAAAUCUACUGUAAAUAUUUCUCUAGAAACAUACAUCCUCUACUCUAAGUCAGAUAGUCUUUAUGGUACUCUGUCCAUGCAGUCUUCAUGUCUUUAGUUAUUAUGCUCUUAUUGCUUAGAAAGUUCUUCCAAAUUCUUUCCAGAUGCUGCUCAAACUUCAAGGGGCAUCUCAAUUCCUUUCUCCUCAAUUGCUAUGGCUUCCAUGAUAAUUCUAGAUAAUGUUAAUAUUUCUUCCUUUAGUUGCCUAGCACUUACUUGUAUGUAUCAUGCAUUAUUAUCAGAUUCAUCUUAAUAUUUUAUCUUAAAUACAACUAUUAUUUACAUUAUUCUAUUUAUGUUUUCUCCUGAAAGAGUGUAUGAUCUUUUAUGUUCCCUUCAGCUCCUAACGGGAAAAGCCAGGCAUAUUAUGGUUAAUAAGUAAAGACAAAUUGCGUUAAACCAGUGUAUUAAUAAAAUGUAUUUAAUUAUCAAAAAUUACAUUAGAAUAAUAAUAGGAAAAUAAAAUCUGUGGAAAUAUAAUAGGACAAGAGAAAUAAAAUAGGUAGGUACAUUGAUAAUCACCAAUUGCAACAGUUUUUAACAUCUCAAUAUCAAAAUAUAUGUAUGCACCUAGAUUCAUGAGUUAUUUAGUAUUUAAGAAAGAUGCAAAAUAGUUACUUUUGUUUGGGAAUAACUUGGGAUUUAUUUUCACUUGUUUGUUUUACAUCUUCUCCAUACAAAAUGCUAAGAAAGAAGUGCGUUUUUUCUGUAUAUAAGUGGGGGAGAGGUUAGAUACACUUUAGGAUCUUAUUCUCAAAGUGAAUCCAUUUUUUUAAGUGGGGCUUGAACUCACAACCCUGAGCUCAAGACCUGAGCUGAGAUCAAGAGUUGGACACCCAACCAACUGAGCCACCCAGGUGCCCCAUUAAAGUGAAUCAAUUUUCUAUCUAUAUUUUACAUGAAUAAAAUUAAGACAUGGCAACAUUUACAAUUUAGGAUUUACUGCUCUUGCUUGCUGAUUUUUUCCUUAAGACCUAGUCUACGGAUUCCUCCUUUCUGACGCCUUCCCCCACUUCCCAGGUGGGGUUAAGGAUUCCUUCAUUUGUGCCUCCAUUGCUAAGCUCAACAAAUAGCUCAAUAACGUACCAGGUACGACCAUGUGAGAGACGGAAAUGUGUUUGUUAAUUUCUACCUCUGAUGUUUAUCACAAUUUUUUUUAAAGAUUUGUUUAUUUGAGAGAGAGAGAGAAAGCAGUGGGGAGGGACAGAGGGACAGGGAGAGAGAAACCCUAAACAGACACCAUGCUGAGCACAGAGCCCAUCAUGAGGCUUGAUCCCAUAAUCCCAUGACCCUGAGAUCACGACCUGAGCCAAAAUGGAGAGCCUGAUGCUCAACAGACCACACCACUCGGGCACCCCUGAUGCUUAUCACAAAUUUUAUGUUUGAAAUAAUCUGAUUGAAAUGGAAACAUUUUACUUAAAAAAUUAAUUGGGUAGGAACUCUUACAAAUUGUUCUGGAAACGUUUCAAACACUAUCACAAAUAAAAGGACCUUGGUUUGCAGAACAUCUAAUCAGGUAAAGUAAAGCUUCCUAGGAGAAUCAGAAAGAUCUGCCAGAAAAGUACAGAAUGACCGUUAUCUACCCUAUCAUCUCCUUGCCUAGCAUUCCCAGCAGAAAGGAAAUCUUUAGCUGUGAAAAAUCUUAAAUGUGUAGACAAAUACAUCUUCCUACUUAAAAAAGAGGUAUUACUUUCACUAAGGGUAAGUCAGAUACCAGGGUUGGGACUUAUAUCUUCACAGCCAGUGGGUUUAAAGAAGUUCCAGCUUUUGAAUACAGACCACUUAAUGGGAAGAUGCAACACAGAUACAGAUAAUUAAAUCAUUCAACAAAUAUUUAUUAAGUAUCCAUCUCCAAUGUGCCAGUUCUGGUCCUAGGGGUACAACAGAGUCCCUGCCUUCAGGGAACAUAUAUUCCAAAAGAGGAGACAGUCCACGAGUGAACAAAAUUAUUACAGAAAACAAGUUCUAUGGAAAAAAAAAAAAACAAAAUAACAACCCGAGAUAGACUGACUGAUGGAGACAAGGGGUAUUUUAGGUUAGAUGAUCAAAGAAGACCCCUUUAAAGACAUUUGAAAAUAUUUUAUUGGUCUCAAAAAUCUCAACAUAUAUCACUGGCAAUAUAAGUUUCAUUGAGGGAUUCAAGUGUUUUACAAAAGAUCAAAACAAUACUUCAGCUAUAAGACAUAGUACACUGUCAUAGAAAUAAAUUAUGAAAACAUCAAAUGUUUGAAGUAGUAUGUUGGCCUUAAGUAGUAAUGUACAAGCUUUACUUACAUAUUUUGAAAUAAUUUCAGAUAUAUGGAAGACUUGCAAAAAUAGUACAGAGUGUUUCUGUAUGCCCUUUACCAAAUUUCCUCUAAGGCUAACAUCUUACGUAACCAUGGUACAUUUAUCCAAACCAAGAAACUAGCAUUCUUUGUUGUGGGGGUGGGGUUGCUGUUCAUUGUGGAAUGUUUGGCAGCAUUCCUGGUCUCUACCUACUAGAUGCCAGUACCAUCCUCCCCCAAGUAGUGACAAUCAAAAAUGUCUGCAGACAUUGCCAAAAUGUCUCAGGGAAAAAGUUGAAACCAAUGUUCUAGAAGUUUUUGGUUUUACAUUUUACAGUUUAGGUCCAUGACUCGUUUUGGGUUAUUUUUGAAUAUAAGGUAUCAUAGGGGGGUUUUGUUUUUUUUAUUUUGUUUUUCUGCAUAGGGACAUCCAGUUGUUCCAGUACCAUUUGUUGAAAAGACUACAUGCAGUUGGCCUUUGAACAACAUGGCCUACCGUCGACCGAAAGCCUUACCAACAACAGUCGAUUAACACAUAUUUUGUAUGUUAUAUGUAUUAUAUCCUGUAAUCUUCUAAUAAAGCUAGAGAAAAAGAAAAUGUUAAGAAAAUCAUAAGGAAAAUACAUUUACAAUAUUUGUAAAAAAAUAAUCCAUGUAUAAGUGGACACAUGCGAUUCAAACCUGUGGUGUUCAAGGGUCAACUGUACUUUGUCAACUGAAUUGUCUUUGCCCUUUUGUAAAAUUCAGUUUAUUGUAUUUUUCUGAACCUAUGGAUGCUCUAUUCUUUUCCAAUGAUGUGUCUAACUCCAAAUACCACACUGACUUGAUUACUAUAGCUUUAUAAUAUCUAGAAAUUGGGUAGAAUAAAUCUUCAGAAUUUUUUCCAGAA